GCUAGAGGUGGGGAUCGGGAACAGAGUCGCCUGGAUUGCAACACCUUCGAGACCCCCUCCCACUCCCUGUUGUGCAUAUGGGGAAAUAGACUUGCGGAGAGGCGACCUCACUUAGGUCAUUAACAUUGCCGUGCUGGACUGAAAGGGGAAGCCGCGCCGCUAACUUCAGGCCUCGGCCUUUGGGGCAGCGCUCAGGUGGACAGAGCCUCCUCUGUAGUCCGGAGGACCUGGGUUUAUGCCUUGCCUGGGACAGUUCCUAGUUGGGUGACUUUGGGCAAGCCUCCUUUUCAUCCCUGCUUGUCUGAAGAUGUGGCACCUACAGGGACUGAGCUAUGGGUUCAGCCCACUUCAGCCAAAAGCAUGAAGAAACCAUCGCUGGUCAAGACCAGGAGAAUCAAAUAGGGUGGCAGCACAUCUAAGGACUAGAGCCACUUGGAGGAGCCAGAGCCUCUGAUCUCUCCAUCUUCACCCAGCCAGGGCCAGUGAUCAUCCUCAGCAGCUGGCAUCAUAAGGAAGACUUGGAGACCUGGGAGCGCUCAGGGAAGCAUUCUUCUGAGACAUGGAGUUUUGGGGUAGAAUGCUGCAGGCCUUCCUGUCUGGCCUGGGGAGGAGGGGAGGCACUCGGGGCUGGGCCUUCAGCUCAUGGCGACCCCAUCGGCCUCUACCUGGGUUGUUGAAUGCCACAGAGCUGGUCAGUCACUGGACGGCAAUCUUUGAGAAGAGGGGCAUCCCUGAGGCCCAGGCAUCCAGUGAGUACAUCGUGGCUCAUGUCCUUGGAGCCAAAACAUUUCAGAGUCUCAGGCCAGUACUUUGGACCCAGCCCCUGACCCCUUGGCAGCUACAGUGCAUCCAGGAGCUGAGUAGCUGCCGAUUACAAAGGAUGCCUGUGCAGUACAUCCUUGGUGAGUGGGACUUUCAGGGGCUCAGUCUGAAGAUGGCACCCCCAGUGUUCAUACCUCGGCCGGAAACAGAGGGGCUGGUUGAAUGGGUGCUGGAGGAGGUGGCCCAGAGGCCGCAUGCGGUGGGAGCACAAGGUGGGCCCCUCAUCCUAGAGGUGGGCUGUGGGUCGGGAGCCAUCUCCCUCAGCCUGCUGAGCCAGCUCCCCCAGAGUCGAGUCAUUGCUGUGGAUAAGGGAGAAGACGCCAUCUGCCUGACCCGUGAGAAUGCUCAGAGGCUUCAGUUGCAGGACAGGAUUCGGAUAGUCCCCCUUGAUGUGACCUCAGAGGGCAGCUGGGCACACCUUUUACCCUGGGGCCCCAUGGACCUGGUCGUCAGCAACCCUCCGUAUGUCUUCCAUCAGGACAUGGAGCAGCUGGCCCCUGAGAUCCUCAGCUAUGAAGACCCAGCAGCCCUGGACGGAGGGGAGGAGGGCAUGGACAUCAUCACACACAUCCUGGCCCUGGCCCCUCGGCUGCUGAAGGACUCUGGAAGCAUCUUUUUAGAAGUGGACCCAAGACACCCUGAGCUCGUCGGUGGCUGGCUUCAGAGCCGGCCUGACCUGUCCCUCGAUCUCGUGGCUGUGCGCAAGGACUUCUGUGGAAGGUCCCGGUUCCUGCAUAUCCAGAGGUCUGGGCCACAGCGUGGCUGCCCUGCAGAUGCCUGGCCAGGGCCCCAGGCUGCCAGAGUGCCUGGUUGACACUUCUUCCUGGAAUGCUACUUGGAAGGAGGUGGAUGGUGCCUUCCAGAACCCCAGAUGCGUGUGGCAUUUCCUAUGGCUCUGGGAUCCCCCAUGUUCUACAUUUCUAGGAGACUUAGGGGCAGAAGCCAGGACAGGGUGUCCUUCCUGGGGCAGCAAAGAGCAAGGGCAUCUGCAGUCCGGCUCAGGAGCUGAGCAGACCCGGGUUCCGAGUCUGGCUCCGUCACAUCAGUGUGGCCACGGCAGGUUGCUCAGUGUCUCUGUGGGUGGAACUGCUCUGGGGAUGUUGGGCGAUAUGGCCAAUAAAGCGUCGAGAGGCC